CAUGCGCCCUGUUUUUAAGCAUGCGCACUAACAAGGUACAGCGAGUAACAGUUCUGUCCGGACGAAUAAAAAACAAGCUAAUUUUAAAAUCCGCGGUUUGUCUUCAAAGCGUCUGACAACGCAGAGAUUUCGGUUAGGACACAAUGGUGCAGUCCUGUUCGGCGUACGGAUGUAAGAACAGAUAUCAUAAAGAUAAGGACGUUUCUUUUCACAAAUUCCCUCUGGCGAGACCUGACCUCUGUGGGAAAUGGGUGGUGGCAAUGAAGAGGCGCAAUUUCAAACCCACGAAAUACAGCAACAUCUGUUCACAGCACUUUACCAAAGACUGCUUCAAACGGGAAUGCAACAACCGGGUGCUGAAAGAAAACGCAGUGCCUUCGCUGUUUAAUUUCACUAAGCUACAAAUAAAGACUCCAUCGCCAGAGGAAGCCAUCAUUCCAAAUCUGAGCUUCUCCCUGCCUCCACCCAGCACACACACACCAGAACCUGACGUCCUGCAAACCCCACACCCCCAAGCCUCCUCUCCAACCUCCUCCAGCUCCGUCCCGUCUCCGGCUCCAUCUUCGUCCGCCCCUCUGAUAGAAGAGGAUCCCCUGAGAGCAUGCGCCUUCGUCUACUGCGACCACAACUACACGGUGGACGACAUGGUGCAGCAGAAGAAGCGUGUGGAGCAGCUGGUGGAGCAGCUGACCAAACUGCGCCGGAAACUGAAGACCCUGCGACAGAAGUGCAGGAGGCAGGAGAGGCAGCUGGAGCGCUUCCGAGCCAUGGAGGAGAUCUCCAAAUGUAGGAACAACUUGGAGCUGGGAGAGAGCUACGUCCUCCUGCCCAGAGAACUCCUCAGCACAACGAAAGACAUUCAGUGUGAGACUUUGUGAGAGUCGGGUUUGCGUUAAAGACACAAAAUACACUCCUUGUCAUGAAUACAUCAGAUACAGGUUAACAAUCUAACGGGCGAAUGCAGAAGGUGCCAAAAAAUAAAUAAUUUUUUUUUUUUUUUAUAUCUCCCAAAUUUUUUUUUUCUCAAUGAUUGUCAAGCGAUAAUGAAUUCAGUUGUUUUUUAUGUGUCAAAAUUCCGCAACGUUACACAGAAGAUAGGAAACGAUGCAUCUCUAGUGCAAGCUUGGUUUGUUGGCUUUACAGUAGGUCCUUGAAUGUAACACAAAAGUCGUGACUUUACUGCGUUUAUUACGUAGGAGCUCGUCAGAGACUCUAAAAAAUAUGCUUCUCUUGGAGCAAAUGAGAUGCCUAGAACUCUCUAAUUCUAACCCAGGAAGCUCCGCCCACUUCCACAGACCUUCUAUUCCCCUCGCCCGGAUUUUUCAUUCUUCUGUUUAUAAAAAAAAAUAAAUAUAAAUAAAUAAAAAAACGCAGAACAUUUCAAAGUCAUCAAAAAUAUUUUUGGCCACAGACGAAAGGCUGGAUUUUUUUAAUGGAAAAAAUGUAGGCUUUCAACAAAGUGCCAAAUUUAACACUUUUUUUUUAAAUCUAUUGAAAUAUUCCACAAUUAGUAAAUUCAGUUAAUGCAAGUGAUAUAGAUGAUCAAACAGACAAUGAUAAGAACAGCUAGAGGAGAGUUUAUCUUCUCCAGAUCAGAUAUGAAAAAUUAAAUCAUGUUAUUUUUUAAUAUAUCAAUAUUUUUUUGUUCGCUUUUGCUUUAUCUUUUUAAUUUUCUUUAAAAAAAACAAAAACAAAUAAUAAUAAUAUUUUUUUCCCUCCCCUUUCCAAGCCCCUUCCUAAACUUCACUGAAUAGCCUGUUCCUUCACCCGAAAACAAAAACUGACUCAAGCUGCCUGUCUGCUUAGCUUUUGGUUGGUUGUUUAGUUUCCACAAAGUAUUUUUUGUUUGUUUGUUUGUUUGUUGUGAACUUUACCAGUUAAAGGAGCCAUUUGUCAGUUUUCAUCAUGUUUCUGGCCCUGAAAUAGUUUAACAGUUGUAAAGACUACAUAGAAAAACUAUUAGUUAUAAUAUCACCCUUUAAUAAUUCUGAAUAUUUGGUUUGUUUCAAGCUUCUGUUAUAAAGUUUUCUGGCCCUGAAACUAAUAUGUGAUGAAAAAUUUAGGUUUGUAUAUAAAAAGAAGCUUCUCAGGUAUUUCAGAGACACGUAAUAAGAAAGGAUGGGUGGAUGGAUGGACUGAAUAUCCUACUGGGUUUUUGAAACAUCAGGCAGAAUAUUGCACUAAAAAUGUUACAAACUGCUCCUUUAAAAUUAUGUGCAAAAAAAAAAAGUGUUUUUUUUUUCUGCGAUGUAAAACUUGACAUUAUGUCGAGAUCCAAUAUGCUGGAAAAUGCUUCAAGAUUCCUGUGUGUGUGUGUGUGUGUGUGUGUGUGUGUGUGUGUGUGUGUGUGUUUAUACCUUUAGUUAAUAUAUAGCUGGACUGUAGUGACAUGCUGCCUGGAGAAUAUUCUGGAUCUUCUGGCUCAUAUGAACUGAUUAAUAAACAUCAUGCUUUUUUUUCCUCUCUGUGAA